GAUAAGGUGGCAGAUGAAAAGAGGAGGGUAGCAGACCAAGACAUGGUGUCAGACUUUGACCUCAGAGUGGAGAUCCUAGCGCUGAGCUGAUUUCUCGGCCUCUAGCCGGCUCUUGCCUUUUCUGGUUUAGACAUGAAGAUUCAUUUUGCUCCAGCUAAUGUGCCUCUGGUUAGGAGGAUCCAGACUGCUGUCGUAUUACAGUGGGUCUUCUCUUUCCUGGCGCUCGCCCCCAUCUGUAUUAUACUGUUCUUCUUCCUACUCUGCUACUCUCGUUUCUGGCUCAUCAGCGUGCUUUAUGCCAUCUGGUGGUACAUCGAUUGGGACACACCUUCACGAGGAGGUAGAAAAGUGCCCUCUCUGUGUCAAUUACGUGUGUGGGAGUACAUGAGAGAUUAUUUCCCUAUAAAGCUGGUGAAGACAGCUGAUCUGGACCCUAGGAAGAACUAUGUGCUGGGUUUCCAUCCUCAUGGUAUUCUUGUGGCUGGUGCAUUUACGAAUUUCUGCACGGAGGCAACAGGUUUUAGCAAACUCUUCCCUGGGCUGAGAAGCAAUCUUCUCAUGCUGCCUCUCUGGUUCAGAGCCCCCUUCUUCAGAGACUACAUUAUGUGUGCAGGCUUGGUACCAUCGGACAAGGAGAGUGCCAGCUAUCUGCUCCGGCAGAAGGGAGGUGGGAACGCUGUGGUCAUUGCAGUUGGUGGUGCCCCUGAGGCUUUGGAUGCCCAUCCUGGUGACUACACCGUACACCUGGCCAAUAAAAAGGGCUUCAUUAAGCUUGCAAUAGAGCAUGGUGCAGAUUUGGUACCUAUAUAUUCGUUUGGAGAGAAUGAGGUGUUUGACCAGGUGGAGAACCCUCGUGGCACCUGGCUGCGAUAUAUUCAAGAGCGUCUGCAAAGCAUUAUGGGCAUUUCUCUGCCGCUCUUCCAUGCACGAGGAGUUUUCCAGUACAGCUUCGGCUUAAUGCCCUACAGAAAACCCAUCAACACUGUUGUGGGUAGGCCGAUUCCAGUAGAGAAAAACAUGAAACCAACACCAGAAGAACUGGAUGUGUUUCACCAGCGCUAUAUGGAUGAACUCACACGCCUGUUUGAGGAGCACAAAGGAAAUUAUGGUGUUCCUGAAGAUGCUCACCUGCUGUUCCAGUGAGAGGAUCACUGAAUUGACUCUGUGUACCUAUGUGUUUAUGAGAGAGAGAGAGAGAGAGAGACAGAAAGAGAGUUAUGUCUCAGUCGUACAUUGUCAGCUUUUAAACCAUUGCUGCUGUUUUUGUUAUCAACCAGUUGUUGAAUAUAAAAUGACAAAAUAAAUGGAAUUUUAAUCUCCUGA